AUGAUUAUAGGUCUCGUAAAUCCUCAGAUUUGGAUACAAGCGGUUGCGUUGUUGAUUAUCUAUGUUUUUACAUUCGUGGGGAUACUGGCAUUUCUUGUGGUUCUUUGGACGCCUGUAUUUUUACCGAUAUCCGUUAUUUUUGGCCCCGCAGGACCUUUGGGGUAUGUACUUACUUUAUAUACUAAUACUCAGUUCUUCACUACUAUGAUUGUGAACUCCAACUUGGCGACCCCAUGGCUUGACCAUACAUUAUCUACGAUGUUGAAGUUGCCGCUAUUACCCCCAAGCGCAGCUGCUACGCAACUCUCCGAGCCCAAACAGCCUGAUGCGCACGAAAUACUUAGUGUUAUGAGGAUAGUAUGCGGGGGGAUGGCCAUGAUAGUGGUGGUCGCAAUCCCAAUCGUGGGUCCGAUUAUGUUAAUGUUGGCCAUGAAUGUGAAGAUUGCAUAUGAUAACUUUGAGAGAUAUUUGAUCCUCCAUGGAGUUGGACAGGUGCAACGAAGGGAUUUAUUCUAUCAACACAUAAUCCAAUUUAUCUACUAUGGAGGAUCAUAUACCAUUCUGAGUUUUGUGCCUUUAUUUUCAGUAUGGGCAUUCGUAUGCUAUCCAAUUGGCAUAAAAGCAUGGGGCCGUAGCAACGCAAUUUAUGGACAAAAGAUGAGAAAAAACUGA